CCUCCCGCCCGCCCUUCCUUCCGCCGGCCGGCAGCAUGGCGCGGGCCGCAGCGCUCGCCUCCAGCCUGGAAGCCGUGCUGGGGAGCCGCAGCAAUGCCAACCGCGUCUUCGAGAUCCUGGAGCUGCUGGCGGGCCGGGAGGAGGAGGAGGAGGAGGAGGACGUCCUCUGCGCCGCCCGGACCUGCAGCCGGCUCUUCGGGGCGCUGCUGGAGCGGAGGGAGCUGUUCGUGGGCCAGCUGCCCGCCGAGGAGGCCUCUGUCGCCGGUGACUACAGCGCUGAGGACAAAUACAAGAUAUGGAUGAGGCACCGCUACAACGACUGCGUGGGUUGCUUGGCAGAACUGAUGGGACACGGUGCCUUCCAGGUCAAGGAAUCGUCACUCUGCACCCUCAUGAAGUUUGUUGAGUUGGAGGCACGAUAUCCAUUGAUCAAAGUAGAGUGGAAGGGGACUUUAACUUUUCCUCGUGAACUUCUUAAGGUAGUUGUUGAUGGCUUGCUUCCGUUAAAUGAGGACGCUUCACUCCUGAUCUCUCGCUUUCAAGAAUAUAUGGAGUAUGAUGACGUUCGGUACUUUGUCAUAAAGGCGGUCACUGAGAAUAUUGGACAAGUCAUGCAGAAGACAAAAGAGAGGCCUCUGCCAUUUUACCAGCAGAACGUAUUUUCCCUCAUUUCGCCCAUUAACAUGCCGAACAAAGAGUGUGACAUGGUCAAAUUUAUGGUGAAGCAAGAUAACUGGGAGGAAUUGAAAGUGUCGAAGCUGCAGGCACACAAGCAGGCGUUUGAAAAAAUGUGGCUCAGUUUUUUGAAGCACAAGCUACCCACUGGCCUUUACAAAAAAGUUCUUGUCAUUCUACAUGACUCCAUCCUGCCUUAUAUGAAUGAGCCCACUCUCAUGAUAGACUUCUUGACAGUGGCCUAUGGCAUAGGUGGAGCAAUCAGUCUUCUAGCCUUAAAUGGAUUAUUUAUUCUGAUUCAUCAGCAUAAUCUGGAAUAUCCUGACUUUUACAAAAAGCUGUAUAGUCUUUUAGACCCUUCUAUAUAUCAUGUGAAGUACCGAGCCCGCUUUUUCCAUUUGGCUGAUCUGUUUUUGUCUUCAUCUCACUUGCCAGCCUACCUGGUGGCAGCAUUUAUAAAGCGCCUCUCCCGGCUGGCCCUGACUGCUCCUCCCGAAGCUCUACUCAUGGUCAUUCCCUUCAUCUGUAAUCUCUUUCGGAGGCAUCCUGCAUGCAGAGUGCUGAUACACAGACCUAAUGGGCCAGAAGGUAUGUCAGAAGAUCCAUAUAUUAUGGAGGAGGAGAAGCCAUCUGAAAGCAGGGCUUUGGAGAGCUCUCUCUGGGAGAUUCAGUCUCUACAAAACCAUUAUCACCCAGAUGUGGCCAAGGCAGCUGCUAUCCUGAACCAGUCGCUGUCUGAAAUAGAGGAUGACAUAUCAGGGCUCCUGGAGCUCUCAGCUUAUGAGCUUUUUGAUAAAGAAGUAAAGAAAAAGGCUAUUGAUGUGCCCUUGGAGUUUGAGCAAGUACGAGGUUUGUUGGGGAAGAAAAAUGAUAUUUUUGCAGAGCACUUCACUUUAGAUUGAUAUGAUCUCUUAUAAACACAUCUGCACAACUGACUGAUCUUAGGGACAUGCACAAAGCUCACGUGUUGUGCUCGGCAAUUCUGCCUUUGAAGUUUCUCCAUGUGAUGAGAACUGGACUGCUUGAAAAAGGUGCAGCCUUCUUCAGCGACCUUUGCCACUACCCAUGGAUGGACUUCCCUUUGUUUCUCACACUUGCAUACUGCCACCUGCUAUUUGGGAGGGAUUUUUCCUCAGAGCAAGGUUUUCUGGACUUGUUCAUUGCUGGGAUUCCAGCCCUUUUCUCCAAAGCUGCUGGUGCUGGCUGUGAUCGGUGACUGCAUCGACAGACCAUCUUGCUGCGAUUCAGUGGGACUGAGGGGAAUUGCGGUCUCUGACUACUGCUCUUGUUUUUCAGAUGUGUUACUUUUAUAGUAGAGCUGACAACCUGUUUGUAGCAGGUGACUUCAAUACAUAGCUGUAAACACCUGAUGAUACUCUAAUUAUAUACACUUUUAAACUCAUGUCUUCAGAGGGAUGUUUACCUUCUUAUGUACUCGUCUUAACACACCCACGUUCGAGGCGCUGAAAGCUCUGGUUUGUCAAAAACAACUCAUAGAUGAUGCUCAGUAAUUCCAUCUGUGAAGUGUUGCUGAUGAUCCCUCAUGUACAUCCAUCUCAUGCUGUAAGGUUACUUAAUUCAAAAUGCUUGUGAGCUUUGGAAAUGAGCAUAAUCCUGGUGACUGCUGUAGCUAGGGAGGCCAACUGAUGUGCAGUGGGAGGUAUGUCUAAUCCUUGAUUUUUGCUUCAGAAUGAUAAGCAGCUUGAUGUAGUUUUGUUUGCAGCCUGCAGGUGUUGUAGGAGCUGUGGCCAGUGUGUAUCCAGGUGCUAAUGAAGUUUUAACUAGUCCACUGAUGCUAGGUGGUUUUAAUUUGGAUUUUUCAUAUGGUUCCCGAAGUCAUGCAGAAAUCCAUUUUGAUAGGGCUUGGUGGUUUUUUUUCCCCACAAGGUUUUAAGUUUAAGGCAAACUGCUUAUUAAGAACGCAGAUAAACUCAGGACUUUUUUUUCAUAAUAAUUUUCAACAACUUAAUGUUAUCUUGUUGGACUUUAAGUCUGCUUGCAUAUUUGGAAAUCUUAUUUUGUGGAGGAGAAAAAUACAGUCAAAGAGGCCAAGAAAUCUAAUUUCUGGCAGAUAGGUCUGUUUGAGUCAAGGAAAACUGCAGCUGUCUUGGAGACCCUAAGUGUUAUGUUUUCUUCAUCCAGUUUUCUUCAUGCUUUCCAAACAGUGGAUGUGUCCUCAGAGUAUAGAGCCCUACCUCUUCUCUUUUUUUUUUCUGAUGCUUUUGAAUUCAGGUCAGGCGUUUUUCAGGAUUCAAAUUUUUUUCUUUUUUUAAAAGAAGUCUCGCUCUUUGUUUUUCACUGGUGAAAAAACAAUCCUGUCUCCUUCCUGGCCAGCCUGCUUUUCUUUUUUCUUUGACUUCUGCUAUCUGUGGUAGGGAGGCAGAAUGGCUGAGAUGAUAACUUACAGCUUGAGAGACCUCAGUUCAGGUUCACCCAAGCCUUGUAUUUCACCUCUAAAAUGUAUCUCCCUAUGUCAUAUGUGUGUUGUAUGUAUGUGUUUGGUAAACAUUUUGAAGUGCUCUGAUGCUAUAGUAAUGAGGACCACAUAGCUACCUUUGAAAGAAGUAUGUAAGCAUAUCAUCUUUCAGAUGAAAUGAGUGAAUAUAUUGAAUAUUGAAAUGAAUGAAUAUAUAUAUUGAAUACC